AACUUUAAUUCACUUUAUCAAAUACACACACACACUCACGUUAUUAUCAAGUCUGAAUAUAUUCCACAUUGCGUGCUUUUUAGCUUUUACACCAUUACAGAAUCGAUUUGUUUUCACUGAGCUACUGUUUACUUGUUUAGUGAGAAUUGGGUGUGUGUGUGUGUGUGUUUGGAUUGUUAAUUAAGAUGAGUGCUGGUUUGCCGAGUCACGUGGUCGGCUGACUGCUGCUGUUACACUGAUAUUGUGACUACAAUAAAACACACGCUCACUGCAGUGCAGGGACCGUCUGCAAGGAUCGAUCGACCUUUUAUCCUGGCAGCGGUGACGGCGGCCCAACAACAAAUAAAAAAGAAGUUACUUUUCCAGGACGACAGGAGAGAGAAAAUCAUAUUGUUUACAACACGGGGGCGGUUCCGUGUGCUCUCUUAGUUGUGUCCGUGUGCUCCGGGAAUUAGGUCGGACAACCAUGAGGUUGACAUUUGGCGGGAAAUUGUGCGGUUCUACCUGAGAAAUCGACCAGAGAAAAUUCGUAAAACGUCGAAAUUCGGACAGUGAAAUCGACGAAUUUCUAGUGCGGAUUAACAAAGAAAUCGGAGACUAAAUCCUUCCAGGAUUACAUUUGGUGAUCCAGCGCAUCCAGUAAAAAACAAAAUAAUAAAUUCCAUUCAACAUGGGUAAGAAGAAUUCCAAGCUCAAACAGGAGACCAUCGAUUCUCUCACUCACGACACUUACUUUACCGAGAAGGAAAUCAGGCAAUGGCAUAAAGGAUUUCUGAAGGAUUGCCCCAACGGCCUCUUGACUGAAAAGGGAUUCAUCAGGAUCUACAAGCAGUUCUUUCCACAAGGCGAUCCUUCGAAAUUCGCCACUUUGGUGUUUCGAGUCUUUGACGAGAAUAACGAUGGAUCUAUUGAAUUUGAAGAGUUUAUUCGGGCGUUGUCUGUGACGUCCAGAGGAAAUUUGGACGAGAAACUUCAAUGGGCGUUCAAACUCUACGAUGUGGACAACGACGGUUUCAUCACGCGGACUGAAAUGUACAACAUCGUCGACGCCAUUUACCAGAUGGUGGGUCAGACUCCCAACUCUGAAGAUGAAAACACUCCACAGCGACGGGUGGACAAGAUCUUCAGCCAGAUGGAUAAAAACAACGACGACAAGCUGACGCUCGACGAGUUCCGCGAAGGAAGCAAGGCGGAUCCCAGGAUCGUCCAGGCCCUCUCGUUGGGUGACACUUAGACAAAAGAAUCUUGGGAAAGCCCCGGAAGCCAGCCAAGCAGGAAAAGAACAAAAACAAAAAUAAAUGCUAUCCCUCCAGGAGAAGAACAACAUUCAACAGCAGCAGCAGCAACAACAACAUAAAAAAAAAACAUCGUCUCAAACUUUCUUCUUUCCUAUUUUUCUCUCCUUUCAACGCUAUAUCGCGUAAACUACAAUUUCUUUUGAAUUAUUCUUAUGAUAUAUAUUCAACAAGGUUUACAUGAUCAAAUAUUCUCUUUUCUCUUGUUACACAUCCAUAUUUUCUCUUUUUUCUCAUCAUGUUUUCUUAUUUUCACACAAAUUAUGCCAUUCUUCUUGCAGCUAUCCCCCCAACCUGUCUUAUAUUAUUAAAACCAUCUCUCCUCCCAUAUAACUUCUAUUUCGCUUUGGCAUUUACACUUUUUUAUUAUACUUCAUUUUUCUUUCUUCCCUUGUUUAUCUCUCGUGGUGUGUUUUCUUCUUCUUCUUUCUUCGGUCGCCUAAAUUUCGGAAUAAUAAUCCACUCAUUUCUUUUCUCUCUCUCUUGUCUGUGUCGUCUGCUGUGUGUGUGCGUGUUAUACCGGAAAAAACAAACAGCCAUUCUAAAUUAUUAUUAUUAUUCUAUUCAUUAGCAGCUUUGGGUGAAAUUUACUUCAUAUUAUAUCUUUAUUAUAUACCAUGUUGUUUCCUUAAUACCAUUUUCUCAUUCCUAACAGUCGAUUGAGAAUGUCGAAAAAACGAAAAUGCCGAACUAAAAAGAAGAAUUAAACCAAAAACUUAUUCAAAAACAGUUCUCCAAAUACACCGUUGUCGAUUUUGGGAA